AUGAAGUACCUUGUGUUUGCAUUCUGCGUCUGCCUAUGCCGAGGCUCAUCCGAGGCGGAUUUGCUCACUGCAAUGAAAGCUGAACAAAUUCCGCUGGAUGCACAAGUGCUGAGCGGUGUGCCGCUUGUCGAAUACCUUCGGAAAAACCAGAAACUUUUUGAGCGUUGCCGGCAACACCAUGACAAACGUGACUGUCCAAUACAGACUAAUGAAUCCGAUAAUAGGAACCCGGUCGUCGAUGAAGUAGGGGACAAUGGUGAUGACAUUCCAGAAAGCUUUGAUGCUCGAGUCCACUGGAGCAACUGCUCUUCGCUGUUUUACAUCCGAGACCAAGCCAACUGCGGUUCUUGCUGGGCCGUGUCUUCGGCAGCUGCGAUGUCGGAUAGGGUUUGCAUUGCUAGCCGGGGAGCCAAACAGGUGCUGCUCUCAGAUCAAGACAUGUUGGCAUGCUGCUCAUGGUGCGGUUAUGGAUGUGAAGGUGGUUGGCCGAUGAAAGCUUGGCAAUAUUUCGCACGAGAAGGUGUUGUGACUGGUGGAAAUUACCGCAAACAGGGUUGUUGUCGCCCCUACGAGUUUCCACCAUGUGGAAGGCAUGGAAAAGAGCCGUACUAUGGUGAAUGCUACGAUUCGGCGAAGACUCCAAAGUGUCAAAAAACAUGUCAGAGAGGGUAUCUGAAACCAUACAAGGAGGAUAAGCACUUCGGUACACUUUUUUAUAGAUAA